UUUUUUUUUUAAUACCUCCUCGUAUCAUCAUCAUCAUUAAAAUGGCUUCCGCUACUAUAAAGUGUCUCAUUACUGGAGGAAACGGAUUCCUUGGACGUUGGAUCGUUGAGGAAUUCAUCAAACGCACUGAUUACUCCCUCACCAUCCUCGACAUCUUCAUCCCCACUAAUGCUCAACCCAAUGAGCGCAUCUCUUACAUUCAAGGCGACAUCACUGACAAGGAAGCUGUCCGCACAGCCCUCAAGGGCCAUCAUAUCUGUAUUCAUGUAGCCUCACCCCCUCACCACUUCCCUGCUGAAAAGUUCAAGCGGAUCAAUAUCGAGGGCACUCAGAAUGUGAUCGAUGCCUGUCUGAGUGAAAACGUCGGCCGCCUCGUCUACACCUCCUCCGCCAGUGUCCUUCAGGAUGGUUCCCCCCUUGAAAACGCUGACGAAACCUUCCCUAUCCCAAAGACCUUCAUUGAGACUUAUGCAGAGACAAAGGCCAUUGCUGAGGGUAUGAUCCUCAGAGCCAAUUGCGAUCGAUUGCUCACCUGUUCUCUUCGUCCCAGCGGUAUCUUUGGACCAGGCGAUACCCAGGGAACUCCAGGAUUCUUGGACGUCAUGAAGAAGGGUCAGCAUGUCCUCCAGAUCGGUGACAACUCUGGACUCUUUGACUGGACCUAUGUUGAGAAUGUCGCUUAUUCACAUGUUCUUGCUGCACAAAAACUUGUUCCUGGCUCUGGGGUUGCUGGACAGGCAUUCUUCAUUACCAAUGGAACUCCAACACCGUUCUGGAACCAUCCACGUGCAUUGAUGGCUGAAAAGAAUAUUGUUGCUCCCUACGUGAUUGUUAUCAACUACCAUGUCGCGCUUGUCAUUGCUUUCUUGUCAGAAAUGGCUAGCCUUAUCAAGAAGAUGCUGGGCAAGGAAUCCAAAGAGGGCUUCACACGUGUCCGUGUCCGUUAUAUCUCCUUCAAUCGCUAUUUCAACAUCAACAAGGCUAGGACCCUUCUGGGGUAUGCGCCUGUAGUUGGAUACAAGGAAGGAAUCAAGAGGACAAUGGCCCAUUUCAUCGAGCAGGAGGAAUUAGAGGCAAAAAAGACAAAGUAAAGUAAAGUAAAAUUAGAUUAGCAUCAACCGCAAAAGCACACCUAGAGACCUAGAGACCUAGAGACCUAGAGAAUGAGCUGUAAUUCCACUCUUCAAAUAAACUACCGUAUGAGCAUCU